AUGCAGAACGGGAUGUUCCGCCCGACGUGGGACGACAGCAUAGCCGAUGGCUUCUCCGCGCCCAAGCUGUUUGGCCAGGGCGUGAGCUACACCUAUGACGAUGUCAUCUUCCUGCCCGGGCACAUCAGCUUUGGAGCGCACCAGGUGGACCUCUCCACCUUUGUGACCCGCAACAUCAAGCUGCGUACCCCGCUCGUCUCCUCGCCCAUGGACACAGUGACGGAGGCGGGCAUGGCGGUGGCGAUGGCGGCGGUGGGCGGCAUGGGCAUCAUCCACUACAACAACUCGCUCGAGGAGCAGCUGCACCAGGGGACAGGCGGUGUGGGGCUGCAGGAGCAGCUGCGCCAUGUGUAUGCGCCUGCAGGGCCGCUGGCCUGGUAUGGGCUGGUGGGCGCCAGGCCAGCCGGCGGCAGCGUGGAGGUCAAAACCGCCAAGAACCACACCCCCGGCUUUGUGGUGCACCCGGUGUGCAUGGCCCCCACAAGCACAGUGGCGGAGCUGUACGAUUUGAAGGAGCGCAAGGGCUUCACCUCUGUGUGCGUCACAGACACGGGCAAGGUGGGCGGCAAGCUGCUGGGCAUCGUGACGACGCGCGACUGGGACUUUGUGGCAGACCUGCACACCCCGCUGGGAGAGGUGAUGACCAAGGAUGUGGAGGCGGCAGAGUAUGACACCAUCACGGCCGAGAAGGCGAUGCAGCUGCUCAAGGCCUCCAAGCGCGGCAAGCUGCCCAUCGUGAACAGCAGCGGCGAGCUGCUGGCUCUGGCCACGCGGGCGCUGUUCCGCGAGGAUGCCCGCCUGCCGCUGGGAGGCCCCGCUUCUGUGGCGCCCGACGGCCGCCUGCUGGUGGGCGCGGCGGUGGGCACACGCCAGGCGGACAGGGAGCGCGUGGCGGCGCUCAGGGAUGUGGGGCACGUGGAUGUGGUAGUGCUCGACUCCAGCCAGGGAGACUCCACCUUCCAGGUCGAGAUGGUGCAGCACAUCAAGCGGGAGCAUCCCGGCCUGGAUGUCAUCUGCGGCAACGUGGUCACCUCCUGGCAGGCGCGGCGGCUGAUUGAGGCUGGCGCCGACGGGCUGCGCGUGGGCAUGGGCAGCGGAUCCAUCUGCACCACCCAGGAGGUGUGCGCUGUUGGGCGCGGCCAAGCCACCGCCGUCUACCACACCGCCCGCCUGGCCAACUCGCUUGGGGUGCCCAUCACUGCGGACGGCGGCGUGCAGAACAGCGGGCACGUGGUGAAGGCGCUGGCACUGGGGGCGUCUGCUGUCAUGUGCGGCUCCAUGUUUGCUGGAACUGCUGAGGCGCCGGGCGACUACAUGUACGUCGGCGGCGCUCGGGUGCGGUACCACUCCGACACCCAAUCCCUCAAGAUCGCGCAGGGCGUGAGCGGCACCGUGCACGACAAGGGCAGCGUGCGGCGCAACGUGCCGUACCUUGUGCAGGCCGACCUGGGCGCUAAGUCGCUGGCGGAGGCCUGGCAGCGGCUGGACCGCGGGGAGCAGCGGCUGGAGUGCCGCACGGGGGCUGCGCAGGCGGAGGGCGGCAUCCACGACAUGCACAGCUUUGAGAAGAAGUCGUGGUGA